AUGGGAGCCGCUGGAGCUUUUGUCCAGAAUAUGACCUACCUGACGCUGUUUUCUACGCAAGAACGUCUUCCAAUGUAUGUCGCGGCUGUAAGUUCCGUGUGGGCGAUUGGGCUUAUCAUAGGAGGGCCCAUCGGAAGCAUCUUUGCUCGUGAUUUCAAUUGGCGUUGGGCGAUUUACUUUCCUAUCCCGUGCGUUGGUGCGGCUCUGAUCUUGGGAGUCCUAUGCAUACCCAAUUAUUCCUUUGUUUUCCCGCAGGUAUCAAUUUUGCAACGAUUGAUGCAUAUUGACCCGCUUGGACUUCUUCUAAACAUGCUGGUCCCAUUUUUGUUCGCAAUAGCAGUCACAUUCCCCAAUGUUGUCUGGGACUGGUUGCCGGGAUCGUAUUCAGUGCUUUGGACGAUAUUCGGCCUAUUUUGUACUUUUUGGAUCGCUCAACAGCAUUGGUGCCUUCUAACAAGACCGGAAGAACGAGCAUUGCCGAUACAUAUCCUUCCUCGCACAGAUCUGUUACCAAUAUGGAUCUCGACGGCUUGUGCUGGCUCGACCUAUGCAAUUACCAUAUAUUAUACACCACUGUUUUACGCCUUUUGCCAAGGACUGGAUGCAAUAGACCAAAUGGUGAAGCUACUUCCAUUUACGCUUAUUUUUAUAUUUACAGCCAUGCUGACCGGUCGCUUGCUUUCCGUUAUGAAGCUAUAUGGUGUCAUUUAUGUUUCAGGGGGGUUCAUUGUUGCCAAUGGAUCGGUCAUCAUGGCCGCUCUCAUGUCAAAGAAAACGGUCACCGGCUCUCAGAUAAUGGGCUUAGAGGCUUUAAUUGGAGUUGGGCUGGGAUUGCACUUCCAACACGGACUUGCGAUCUCAGAUAUCAUCAACAAAAGUCGUCAAGACCGCAUCGACAGCCUACUUAUUUGUAACAUGGCACAGAUGGGCGGAAUAGCCGUCACUCUAGCAGUCGCAGGAUCCUUAUUCCAAAACAUUGGUUAUGAUCUCCUCUUGGAUGCAUUAGGGCAAGGAGCAUUCUCUCCCCACGAGAUACGAGAGGCACUUGCUGGAGUGACUUCUACUGUGCGGAAGAAUCCACUAUUGUUGGAGAAGGCAACGGAAGCUGUUGCAGUUGCGAUUUCGCGAGAGUUCUUUAUUUCCACUUCUGCGGGUUUAAUAUGCUUAUUCUGUGGACUGUGCAUGUCUGGCAAAUUUCUGGACUAA